AUGAUUAUUGUUACCGAGUAUGCUAGCAAUCAAAGCCUUGAUCGUCAUCUCCGGCACCCACAUAAGAGGAAUUGUUUAACAUGGGCACACCGCCUCAAGAUCUGCUUAGGAGCCGCAAGGGGACUCAGCUACCUUCACUCAAACGGAGUAAUACACAGAGACAUCAAGAGCAGGAAAAUAUUGCUAGAUAAAAAUAUGGAAGCUAGAAUUUGUGACUUUGGUUUGUCAAAAAAGAACUUUAAAAAUCAGCAAGGUACCCACAUCUAUACUAAAGCUGCAGGUACCAACUUUUAUUUGGACCCUUUUUACGGAGAAAAUGGCAUUCUUCGUAGAGUGACGGACGUGUACUCAUUUAGUGUAGUAUUGUUUGAAAUCUUGAGUGGGAUUAUGGCUUAUGAAAUGAGGAGCAUAGGAAAUGGUAAGCCAAAACAUCUGAUGAAUUUGGUCGGACAAUUAUAUGAUAACAAAUUGGAAACGUUAUAUGAUCCUUGUAUAGCAAAUCAAAUUGAUAGCCGUUCUUUUCAUACCUAA